UUUUAAUAUUUUUUUCAUUGAGACGGAUGCAUGUAUGUAGCAGGACAGCACUGUCCUACUGGUUUUAGUCUUGUGGAUGGAAAAUGUCUUUUUAUUGGUACAGAAUUGUCAACAUACGAAAGUGCAAAGAUAUCAUGCAAGUAUCAUUGCUCAAAUCUCAUAGAAAAUAUAUCAGACCGUGACAUAGACAGCAUCCGGAUCCUUAUCGAUAGUGUAUUUUGGGGUCUACCAAAUGAUAGGAAAGUUAUUGUACUGGGAGCUCACACCGAUUCCCAUAAUCAACUGGUUUGGGACACAUCACGUCAAAGAGUGCCAGGUGUUCAUCAUGACCUACACGGUAACGACUGUCUUGUUCUAGAGGGACACGGGGGACACAGGGGACCCCAUGACCAUUUGCUUAAGCCUUCUUCAUGUGAUGAUAUUCAUUAUUAUAUCUGUGAAGCAAAAUUUAAAUAAAAUAUU